AUGAACAUUGAAGCAGACAAUAUAUUCUCUUCUGAAGAGAAGAAGCAAGAUUUAUACUACAAUGAAAUAUGGCCUGAAAUUGAUCCACUAUAACUUAGAGUUGAAUAAGAUGGAAAAAUCAUCAAGCUGUAAACCUACAGACAUCCAGUUUCAGAUAGGUCAAAGUUGAAAGGAGUAGUUUUCUACAUUCACGGUUAUGGAGGUUACUGUGAACAUAUGGAGUAUAUGUUUAAACACUUCGCUAACGCAGGCUAUGAUGCCUAUGCUAUGGAUCAAAGGGGAUUUGGAAGAAGUGAAGGUUUAAGAUCCUGGAUUGAAAGCCAAGAGACAAUGUAUUCUGACCUGUACUUGUUUAUAUUCGCAGCAAUAUAAAAAUACAAGAUCAACCUUUAGAAAACACCUCUAUUUCUCUUAGGCAAGUCUUUUGGUGGUUUAUUAUCUUUCAACAUUUCCAGUAAGAUGCCAACUCUUAUCAGAGGAAUGGCCUUAGUGGUGCCAUUUUUCAAGUAGUUUGGAGAUUCUUUAUACAGGUACGAGUGGUUAUUUAGAUCAUUAGACUAUAUUAAUCCUAAACAGAAUAUAAAGAUGAAGAGUAAAGUUGACACUACUUCUCCUUACUACUAAAAGUACAAGCACUAUUUCACUGAUCCUUAUCCAACUAAUGACACAAGAUCAAGGACUCUUCUAAUUUUUAUUAAAGAAUAAGAAGAGGCAUUCAAAGCAGUAAAAGAAGGUAGGAAUUAAACUCCUAUUGUCUUUGUUUUGGCAGGUAAAGAUGAUGUUGUUAGAAACAGUACAACCAAAGAAAUUUAUUCUGACAUUAAUAAUGCUAAGAGUAAAAUAAUUGAAUAUCCAGAUGCUGAUCAUUCUACUAUUACAAUAGAUGAAGAUAUUUCAAAGAAAAUGGCUUUUGAAAUCAUUCUAUAUUUCGAUUCAUUACUAUGA